AUGGAAGUGGUCCGGUCCAAACCCCCCUCCCCGGUGAAAGUGGUCCGGUCCAAACCCCCCUCCCCGGUGAAAGUGGUCCGGUCCAAACCCCCCUCCCCGGAGCUACUCCAACCUUUGGCCCCUGAGGGCCACGAGGUGGACGACCACAGAGCUGCUGCCCAGUCCAAACUGACCAAUGACGACUUCAGGAAGCUGCUGAUGACGCCGAGGGCGGCGCCGUCUUCGGCUCCCACCUCCAAGUCCCGACAUCCCAGAAUGCCGAGGGACUACAACGAGGAACGAGGACCUGCAGCCCGGAGGAGGAAGAAGAAGAGCUACUAUGCUAAGCUACGUCAGCAGGAGAUGGAGCGAGAGCGAGAGCUGGCCGAGAAAUACCGAGACCGAGCCAGAGAGCGUCGGGACGGAGUCAACAAGGACUACGAAGAGACGGAGCUGAUCAGCACCACGGCCAACUACCGGGCAGUAGGCCCACCCGCCGAGGCGUGAGUCUGGAAUAAGUCUGCAGCAAGAGAAGGUCGGCAGCUCAUCCAAGGAGUCCAAGUUCUUGGAGGUGACAUGGAGCACACUCACUUGGUGAAAGGUCUGGACUUCGCUCUGCUGCAGAAGGUGAGAGCUGAAAUCACCAGUAAGGAGAAAGAAGAAGAAGACAUGAUGGAGAAAGUCCAGAAGGAGGCCAAGUAUGAGCAGCUUCUCCGAGGAGAAAUUGAGUUUAAAACUCGUCUUGGUCGGAACAUCUACAGAACAGUGUUCAGGUCUGGGCUGUCAGAGAGGAACGAACUGUUCCUGCCCGGUAGGAUGGCCUACGUGGUCGACCUGGACGACGAGUUCACCGACACCGACAUCCCCACGACCCUGAUCCGCAGCGCAGACUGUGUAUGGAGUAUGACGUUCUGUCCCAGUAUGACGUUCAAAACAUGUCUGACUGAUAUACUUAUGGAUUACCUGUCUGUCUCUCCACCUGUCUGUCUCUCCACCUGUCUGUCUCUCUGCCAGGCCCAGACCACUCUGACCACCAACGACAUCGUGAUCUCUAAGCUGACUCAGAUUUUGUCCUACCUGAGACAGGGGACACGUCACAAGAAGAUCAAGAAGAAGGACAAAGGUAAGCUGGAUGAUAAACGGGCUCCUGAGGCUGAUCUGAGCAUCUUCGACGACAUCGGAGACUACAUCCCAUCCAACGCCUCCAGACCGACACGAGACAAAGACCGACACCGGGACCGAGGGGGAGACCGAGGGGGAGACCGAGGGGAGACCGAGGGGGGAGACCGAGGGGGAGACCGAGAGGACGAGGCUAAGAGCCGCAGACACAGUUACUUCGAGAAACCACGAGGAGACGAACACCAGGUGUUGGAGGUGGAUUCAGGUCCUGGGUCAGUCAGAGAGCAGAUCAAGAUGAUCAAUGAGAAGUUUGCAGGAGCAGCAGGCAGCCAAUGGCAGAGCCAGGAGCCUGGGUCUCAGAGGAGAGAUUCCAGUAAGGAGCAGCUGGGAGAUUUCUUUGGAGGAUCCAACUCCUACGCAGAGUGUUAUCCUGCUACGAUGGAUGACCUGGCCGUGGACAGUGAUGAGGAAGUGGACUACAGUAAGAUGGAUCAGGGUAAUAAGAAGGGUCCUCUGGGCCGCUGGGACUUUGAUACUCAGGAGGAGUACUCUGAUUACAUGAACAACAAGGAGGCCCUGCCCAAAGCUGCCUUCCAGUACGGUAUAAAGAUGUCUGAGGGCAGAAAGACUCGACGCUUCAAAGAGACCAAUGAGAAGGCAGAGCUGGACCGGCAGUGGAAGAAGAUCAGCGCUAUCAUCGAGAAGAGGAAGAAGAUGGAGGCUGACGGGGUCGACGUGAAGAGACCGAAAUACUGAAGACUUCCUGUUCUUCCUUCCCUCCCUCCUGAUCAAUAAUCAGUAUUGAUUGCUGAUCAGCUUCAUGUGUUGAAUCUGUUUGGAAACUUUAAACUCAGAAUUAACCAGUAAAGCAGCAUGUUAUUGAUUAUCUGUUACUGAUUAGCUGAUGUUCUCCCGUGUUAUUAAUCAGUCUGAAAACUCACCAAUAAAAGUGUCACAUCCCA